AUGGAACUCAUCGAUCAAAUCAUAGUUCCCUGCUGUCUGCUUGGGCUGGUGGCGGCCGUUGCGCAGUUCUUGGUCAUCAGGCGCAUCAAGCUCACGCCGGAUGGGAAGGACAGCCUCAGCACAGGGCUCACAGCAGGUGGCAGUGAGCAAGCAGCGAAGUUGGUACCCGAGAUCUACGAAAAGAUCAUGACGGGCGCAAUUCAGUUCCUCAAGGUGGAGUAUGCCAUUUGUGCCGCCUUCUGCGUCGUCUUCGCUUUCCUUAUUAGUGCUUUGGUUUCUUGGGGCACGAAGGACACGUUGCAGGGACACCUGACCGCGGGAGCCUUCCUCACAGGAGCCUUCACAUCGAUGCGUUGCGGCUUCCUUGGCAUGAUGAUCGCCACUUACUCCAAUGCGCGCACCACUCUUGCCUGUGCCUACAGCGGCUACACCCUUGGCUUCAACACCGCCUUUCGGGGUGGCAGCGUCAUGGGCUAUGCGCUCUGCUCCCUGGGAGUACUACUACUACUACUACUACUACUACUACUACUACUACUACUACUACUACUACUACUACUACUACUACUACUACUACUACUACUACUACUACUGGUAGUACUGGUAGUACUAGUAGUACUAGUAGAAGUAGUAGUAGUAGUAGUAGUAGUAGUAGUAGUAGUAGUAGUAGUAGUAGUAGUAGUAGUAGUAGUAGUAGUAGUACUAGUAGCAGCAGUACGAGUAGUAGAUAGUAGUAGAUAA